CGUAAACUCACUCUACAUCAACUUCAUUGACUACGAAAAGGCGUUUGAUAGCGUGGACAGAACAACAUUAUGGAAACUUCUUCGACACCACAGCGUGUCUCAGAAGAUAGUCAAUAUCAUACAGAACUCAUAUGAUGGAUUAAACUGCAAAAUCGUGCAUGGAGGGCAGUUGACAAAGUCGUUCGAAGUGAAGACCGGUAUCAGGCAAGUUUGCUUACUCUCACCCUUUCUAUUUUUCCUGUUGAUCGACUGGAUCAUGAAAACGUCAACAUCUAAAGGGAAGCACGGGAUACAAUGGACAUCUAGAAUGCAGUUGGACGAUCUGGACUUCGCAGAUGAUCUGGCCCUUCUAUCCCAAACGCAACAACAAAUGCAGAAGACAAACAGUGUGGCAGCAGCCUCAGCAGCAGUAGGUCUCAACAUACACAAAGGGAAAAGCAAGAUUCUCCGAUACAACACAGCAUGCACCAAUCCAAUUACAAUUGACGGAGAAGAUUUGGAAGAUGUAAAAACCUUUACAUAUUUGGGCAUCAUUGGUGAACAGGGUGGAUCUGAUGCAGAUGUGAAGGCGCGGAUCGGCAAAGCAAGAGCAGCAUAUUUACAAUUGAAGGACAUCUGGAACUCAAAACAACUGUCAACCAAAACCAAGGUCAGGAUUUUCAAUACAAAUGUCAAGACAGUUCUACUGUAUGGGGCGGAAACCUGGAGAACUACGAAAGCCAUCAUCCAGAAAAUAUAGGUGUUUAUUAACAGUUGUCUAUGCAAAAUACUUCGGAUUCGUUGGCCGGACACUGUUAGCUACAACGUACUGUGGGAGAGAACAAACCAGAUCCCAGCGGAG